AUGAAUUUGACUGACCAGUUACAUGACGUGUCCAUUAGAGCUAUGUUCUUCGAUAAGAAGGCAGGCGAAGCCGUGGAGGCUGCAGGCCAACUAGAUGAUGUGUUGAAAAGUAAGCUCGAUAAGCCUGUAAGUCUGCUUAAGCAGGGCGCUGAAAACUUUAAAUCCGUUAACACAGAUGGCAAACUUCAACAUCAGGCCCGGGCAGUGGACACCGCGCUUACGACUCAAAGAAGCGUUUUGAAUAAUGCCAUUGAACAUCAAUCAAAAAAUGUUCAGGAAGUGCUAAAUAGUGGUUUUGAGAAACUGCAGAGUGAAUUGACUACGUUUAGAACUGUGCAAUUGAAGAAUGAAAUUAAGCAGAUUAAGGCUUCUGUGACCGAAGCCGAAAUUGCAGCAAGUGGAUUGCUUGAGAGAUUUGAGAAUGAGUAUAGGAUAAAGAUUGAGAAGCUAUUUACUGGGUUAAAAGAACAAAUGGAUGAUAUUAAUACCGCAAAUGCCGAUCCCGUUGGAAAACAAUCCAAGCUGAAACAAAAAGUAAAUGAAAUCCAGGACCAGGUUCGAAUCAUGGACGAUGCAUGUAAAGCAAAAUUAAAGGCGAUUUGGGAGCAUGUGACGAGUAAGGUUGGAAAAACUGAUGGCGAUGCGGGUAGUGUUCUCCAUGGUCUCACAAAAUUAGAUGCUCAUGUCACAGCAGGAUUAGAGAGGGUGAGGGAGAGCCUUAAGACUACGCUGAAGUCAUUUAUUACGGAACAGCUGGGAGGAUAUCUACAGAGUAGCAUUACGGCAGCUAAUGAGCACGAUUUUAAAAAUGGUACCAGGCCCGGUCUACAGGCGUUGCAAACUGUUAAGUUGGGAAGCGACUUAGGAAACUUAGAUACGUUUAGGCAACAGCUUGCUCAGCUUACACAAGUUACUACCGCAGUUGUAGACAAUGACCCGAAAAAGAACUUUGCCGAAAUUAUAGAGUACAUUUUGUUCUACGUGAAUAAAGUACAGAGUGGUGAGUCACCUUUCGACCACAACACGAAGGCAUCUUUUGCUCAGCUUACUUCCACCCUUAAAAAUGAUAUAAAUGACAUUAUUGAUAAGAUGCUGAAUGACGAGAUUGGAGAUGGUAAUGGUGAGAAAGACCCAAUACGACUCCGAACAGAUUCAGAUUCAGAUUCAGAUGAUGGAAGUGGUCUCAUGUCAGAUUACGUGAAGCAGACAAAAGUCGGCACCGGAACGUUCAGACAACAGAUUGAUGAGAUUCGAAAAAGGUUUGAGAAUGAAUUCGACCCUAAUAAUGGAAUAAUUAUCCAACAUAUUCCUACGUAUGUCGACGCCGAAGUGACGUAUAAGGCUGCCUUGAGUAUUGUGCUUGAAACGAUCGGCAAACUGGAGAAGUUGCCGGGCGCUGUGGAUGAUGCUAAAGUUGCUGCAAACGAAUUGAUGAGUGUUUUGAGGGAGGAGGUUGAGACAGUUAAAAGUAUGAUUAUAGAAAUAACCCCAGUUGUCGAUGACGUUGAAAGCCAGUUGGAGAUCGCCAUAAAGUCAAUUGAAGAUACGGUUCUCAUUACGAAAGAUAAUGCUACACUAUCUAUAUCCGAAUUACGAGGAGACCUCACCCAAAAAGUCUCCUCCGUCUUCUCAACCAUCACUGCCCAAGUUCACGUCCUCUUCGCGAAGCAGAAGCAGGCCGAGCUGGCGCAGCUGCAGACCGUCGUCACGGCGCAGUUGGAGGCGAUUGGAAGGAUUAUUGCGGAGGAUAAAGCAACAGGGGUGAAGGGAUUCUUGGGGAAGAUGAAGACAUGUAUUAACGGAAUGCGUCACACUGAUCUGCCGUAUAGACUGGACGAAAAAAUACAAUUCCCCGCUUGUAAUAAAAGUUCAAGAUUUCUUCAUACCAUUGUUUGA